UUGCCAGAUGCCCAACAUUGAAUACACCUCCUCUGAGGGGCACGAUGGGGACGCCACUUGCGUGGCGUACUUUCGCAAUCAGCUGUUUUCCGGCGGAGCGGAUGGCAAAAUACGCAUUUGGUCGGAUUCCCUACAGUUGCUGUCGACAGUAAACGCUCACGAUGCGUAUAUCUAUUGCAUGGCCGUGAAUGAACAUGGGAAGCUUUAUUCGAGCAGCUGUGAUGGUCAGGUUAAGUACAUGCUUCCUCCGUACGAGGAUGCAUCCGUGCAGGAGCUCUUCCGCUGCGAUGACGCCAUCCAGGCAAUGUAUUGCGAUGGCGCUGUCCUCUAUACGGGCGAUGACAAGGGCGUGGUCACCACUUGGAGCAACGACCGCAUGCUAUUCAAGUACAAUCUGGUGGAGGAAGUCAAGUCAUUAGCCGGCGAAGAAAAGCUCAUUUAUACAGUGCGGGAUCUGGAUGUGGUCAUAUCUUCAAUUGUGGAGGGGAAGUCCGGCAAGUACAGUAACAAGGCUGUAUUGCCUGGAAAGUCGCCUUUAACGCUCCUCGGGCCAAUGGUGAAUGGCAAGCGAAGCUAUCUGGCGUUUCCCGAUCGCACUGGCAUGGGAUUGCAACUGGUGAACAAUUUGCCAGAGCACAAGUUCUCUCACAUUUGGCAAAUGCCGCAAUGCCAUGAUUGGAUUAUGAAUAGCAUUUGCGGAGACGAACAGCAUUUGUAUUCCGGAGGCUAUGACAAUAAGGUCAAAGGUUGGACCGAUUUGGCAGCAACUCAACCUCGAGCACUCGGCGAAGUUGAAGUCGGCAGCUGUGUGAAUUACAUUUGUUGUGGCGCCAACAAUGCUGUGUACAUUGCAAGCGGAGAUGGCUUCGUUCGAUGCGCCAAAUUUGAAUAGGUGCUUUAUAAAAUUAAAUUUAAAUCACCAAAA